AUGAGCCUGACCCAGCGAGUGUUCGGCCUGUUCUCGACAACAGCGACGUCGGACUCGACGACCACACCUAUAGAGACAUCGGUGGCAGCACCUACCAGUGGGAUUCACCAUGAUAUCCCGCACACCGCGAAGGACGGUGUGUUGUCGGUGACAGAGGAAGAGGAGCCUCGGCCACCGUACCUACAUGCAAUGCUGGCGGGUGGAACGGGAGGAACAUGCGGUGACGUGUUGAUGCAUUCGCUCGAUACAGUCAAGACUCGACAACAAGGCGACCCAAAUUUCCCCCCGAGAUACGCUUCGAUGACCUCUUCCUAUGCGACCAUCUAUCGGCAAGAAGGAUUGAUGCGCGGCUUGUAUAGCGGCGUGACGCCUGCGUUGUUGGGAUCGUUCCCGGGGACCGUGAUUUUCUUCGGCGUCUAUGAGGCCACCAAGCGACAAAUGUUGGAUUCGGGGUUUAAUCCCAACGUUGCAUACUUGUCCGGGGGUUUCGUCGCGGAUCUGGCCGCCUCGAUCGUCUACGUGCCGUCCGAAGUACUCAAAACACGGCUGCAGUUGCAGGGCCGAUACAACAACCCUUUCUUCCACUCUGGAUACAACUACCGCAGUACGGGGGAUGCCUUCCGCACCAUUGUCCGCCAGGAAGGGGUUUCCGCGCUGUUUCAUGGCUACAAGGCGACCAUCUUCCGGGACCUGCCGUUCUCGGCGCUGCAGUUCGCGUUCUACGAGCAGGAGCAGACCCUAGCGAAGCGGUGGGUUGGCCAGCGGGACAUUGGGCUAAAACUGGAGAUUCUAACCGCCGCGACUGCCGGCGGUAUGGCCGGCGUGAUUACCUGCCCAUUGGAUGUUGUAAAGACGCGCAUUCAGACCCAACAAAACUUGCCCGAGUCAUCCGGGCACAGCACCCAUUCCUCCAAACCUGGCGAACACGCGCCCAAGGACAGCCAUCGGCCGCACGCGCCGGCACCAUCACAAUCGCACACUUCGCGGACGCACUCGCGCCCCAUCUCGACAUCCUCCCCCUCUACGUCAGUCGCACCACCGGGUACGCCGCGCUUGGACACAUCGUCGGUGUUUACGGGUCUCAAGAUGAUCUACCGCACCGAGGGGCUUGCGGGCUGGUUCCGCGGCGUCGGCCCCCGCGGCGUGUGGACCAGCGUCCAGAGCGGCACGAUGCUGGUGAUGUACCAGUACCUGCUCAAGCAGCUCGAGGCCUACCAGGCAUUGGAAGAGGCACCUCUGUGA